AUGGAGCAGGGGCCGGAGGACACAGCAGCCCCAGAGGCGGUGGCCGAGAAGCCAAUCGGGGCCCUACUGAGCCCGGGGGUGGAGCCAGUGCGGAUGGGGAGCCGGCCCGGGAUACGCCCGUUGUUGCCGCAGGCGUCGGGCCCCGUGAAGGCCGCCGUGGCCACGGGGCUGGCCGUGAAUGGGAAUGGCACCUCCCAGUUCAUGGCCGGGCUGACGACCAAUUGCACGAGCCCCCUGCAGACGUCAGUCAUGAGCGUGAAAGCUGUGAAGAGGAAGUUCAUCAGGGACAGGGGAGACAAGCCCUUUACCAAGCGGCUGCGCUUCAGCGUGCGACAGAGGGAGAGCGCCUACAGGUACCGGGACAUCGUGGUCCGGAAGCAGGACGGCUUCACCCACAUCCUGCUGUCCACCAAGUCGUCCGAGAACAACUCGCUGAACCCGGAGGUGAUGAAGGAGCUGCAGAGCGCGCUGAGCAUGGCUGAUGCCGAUGACAGCAAGCUGGUGCUGCUCAGCGCCGUGGGUAGCGUCUUCUGCUGCGGCCUGGACUUCCUUUACUUCAUCCGCCGCCUGCCAGAUGACCGCAAGAGGGAGAGCGCCAGGAUGGCCGAGGCCAUCAGAAACUUCGUGAACACCUUCAUCCAGUUCAAGAAGCCUAUUGUCGUAGCUGUGAAUGGCCCGGCCAUUGGGCUAGGAGCAUCCAUCCUGCCUCUCUGUGAUGUGGUCUGGGCCAAUGAAAAGGCAUGGUUCCAGACGCCCUAUACCACCUUCGGACAGAGUCCAGACGGCUGUUCCACCGUCAUGUUCCCCAAGAUUAUGGGAGGAGCAUCUGCCAACGAAAUGCUGCUGAGAGGGCGGAAGCUAACAGCACAGGAGGCGUGCGACAAAGGGCUGGUCUCACAGGUGUUCUGGCCUGGGACCUUCAGCCAGGAAGUCAUGCUUCGCAUCAAGGAGCUCGCCUCUUGCAACCCCGUCGUGCUGGAGGAAUCCAAGGCCCUUGUGCGCUUCAACAUGAGGCUGGAGCUGGAGCAGGCCAAUGAGCGGGAGUGUGAGGUGCUCAAGAAGAUAUGGGGCUCUGCACAGGGCAUGGACUCCAUGCUCAAGUAUGUGAAGAGGAAGAUCGACGAAUUCUGA